AAAAAAAAUUUUUUCUUGAGGUGUACCUUAAUCCCCGUUGCACCCUACAGUUCGCUUCCCAGUACGAUAGGUGGCAACAGUGCUCCUAAAGAGUUGGUCGACAUUAAGCGCAAGUAGUAGUAGUAGAAGAAGAAGAAGCCACAGCAAAACAGCAGAGAUCUGUAUGCCAAUGUGACAGUUUGGAAUGGUGAUGUGUUGAGAGUUAUGGACCUUUACCAGUAACUGAACUUUCAAUGUGGUGACAGUGAAUAGAAACAGACCGUGCAGACACCUCGCGGACGUUAGGCUAUGAACAAAUGGCUAAAACUACAAAUGUCAUCAAUUUAAAUCGGAAAACAAGCCAAAAUGCGUAGAGAUACUGAUCGGCAAGGUUAUGCGUCAUCUUUAUUAUUAAUAUAACAAACAUAUGUAACAUUAGUAAGCUGAAAAUGAGACUUCCUUUAGCAUUGAUUACAAAUGUAAGACUGCUUAAUUCUGGCUUUAGAAUCAGGCAUUGGAUUCAUAAUGGUGUUACAAAAACGUCAAUGCUAUCCAGUCGUAAUAUAUGCAGCAGGACGGAGAGAAAGUGGAUAAAACCAGUGGGGUUUGACACCGGUGUGAAGACUUAUAACAGUCUUACCAAACAGAAAGAACCUCUGGUUUUGGCACAAGAAAGAAUUGCUACCUGGUAUAGCUGUGGACCCACUGUUUAUGAUCAUGCCCAUCUCGGUCAUGCGUGCUCAUAUGUCAGAUUUGACAUUCUGCAAAGGAUCUUAUCCAGACUUUUUGAAAUUAAUGUCAUCCACGUCAUGGUCAUCACUGACAUUGAUGAUAAAAUAAUACAAAGAAGCCUUGAGAACAUCUCGCCCACUGUCCUGGCAAGAAUGCAUGAGGAAGAGUUUAAGAGGGACAUGCAAGCACUGCAGGUUCUUCCUCCAGCUGUAUACAUGCGGGUGACAGACAAUAUACCCCAGAUUGUUGCUUUUAUAGAGCGUAUUGUUGGAAAUGGACAUGCCUAUGUCACAAGUCAAGGGAAUGUCUACUUCGACACUCAGUCAAUUGGUAACCGCUAUGGCAAGCUUGUGAACCUCGGAGGGGUUAUUGGGGAAAUGGGGGCUCAGGAUAAAAGAGAUCCAAGGGAUUUUGCUCUGUGGAAAGCAUCCAAACCACAUGAACCUUAUUGGGAAUCACCGUGGGGACAAGGAAGACCUGGGUGGCACAUUGAAUGUUCUACGAUUGCUAGUUCAGUGUUUGGAAGUCAGUUAGACAUCCACUCUGGAGGAAUUGAUCUUGCCUUCCCACAUCAUGAGAAUGAGAUUGCCCAAUCUGAGGCGUAUCAUCAGUGUGAACAAUGGGGAAACUACUUCCUGCACUCUGGUCACCUUCAUUUGAAAGGAAGUGUAGAGAAGAUGUCAAAAUCCUUGAAGAAUUAUGUAACUAUAAAGGAUUUUCUGGAAUCUUACACUGCUAAUGAGUUUCGACUGUUUUGCCUUCUGACCAGAUACAGAUCAGCAAUCGACUAUAGUGAUGCUAGCAUGAAUGAUGCCCGAUCUACCCUGUCCACCAUUUCUGCCUUCUGCCACAAUGCACAGGCCUACAUGCAGGGCCACUUACAGUGCCAGCCUAUAGAGGACAGCAUUCUCUGGGAGAGGUUGUCUGCUACACAGUCCAGUGUUCGGAAGGCACUCGCUGAUGAUUUUGACACCCCAAAAGCUGUGGAUGCCAUUAUGAGCCUCAUUCACCAUGGCAACUGUCAGCUUCAGCCUGCUACUAAGGUUGAUGGGCCAAGGAGUCCUGCUGUAUUUGGGGCCAUGCUGUCCUAUGUCAGGGAAAUCAUGGGUGUUUUUGGAGUUGAUCUAUUGGACAGAAAGGAAGUCCAUGAUUCCUCUGGAGUUUUAAAUAAUGUGGUGGAGGAGUUGGUGCAUUUUCGGAGUGAGGUUCGUAAAUUUGCUCUUUCUGUGGAAGAUCAAGCUCAACAAGAUCCACAGACUGGCUCUGAAAUUCAGAAAAGGCAUCCACAGCCAGACAGAGUGCCCUUGCUGAAGGCCUGUGAUGCCUUAAGAAAUAAUCUAGCACCCCUUGGAGUCCACAUUAAGGAUAGAGGCACAAACUCCACGUGGGAAAUAACAAGAGGAGAGACAAGAAAGAAUUAACAACUUACUGAGUUGGGACCAAACUUUAUCUAUUAGAACACAAGCUGUUUGUAGAAUCUCAGCGGUGACUAUUUGUCAAGUUUUUUUUUCUCUUCAAUGAAGUUACAGUUUGACUGAAAAUCUCACAAAAAUUGUUAGUUCUAAUAGUGCAACUAGAGCUGUAACACCACCAGUAAUCAUAACCAACCACAUGGCGUCUGAUGAUAAUGAUUGUAACUGUUAAUAAAACAACACUGUUCUUAGUUUAACCUAUUAUCAAAUGACUUUUUGUAUCAUAUUUGUGUCAGUAAAGGACUUUAGGACAAACUGAAGGACAUUUCUCAACCAUUCUGAUAUAGAGGAUUGCCACUAAACUCCACUGUCUGAUGAUCUUAAAGUAAUACAGUAUGCAAGCCAUAGUAAUUUUAAGGUUUAAAGUUAGAAAAAUUUGAUGUUUGUUUGGUUGAGAACUUGUGUGCAGUGGUUGUUUCUUUUCACGUUUUAUGUUUUUUCAGGGAAGAUAUUUUUUUUAUAUAUAUAUAUUUAGAGACAUUAUGAAGAAGCUCUUCAAAGACCUCUAUCAUAAGUUUCACGUUUAAAUGGGGAAGAUUAAAAAAAAGAAAACAUGUAAGUAUAAAAGAUAGAUAUAAAAAUAGUCUGUCAUAAUAUUCAUUAUGAACUGGUGCAAAUUAAAGGUCUGGGAUCUAGACAUUGCUGUAAUGUAAUACUAAAUAAAAUAAAAUAAAGCAGACGUAAAUAGGAUGGAAACAAUAAAGA